AGUGGAACCGGCGGUGGUAUUUGCAACGGAACCACCCAGGCUGCAGUAUUUACGGUAACGAGGGCCGGCCCUAGCGGCGGUAUUUACGGUAAAGGGGGGCCGGUCCCGGCAGCGGUUUUUACGGUAACAGGGGACAGCCGGGGAGGCGGUAUUUACGGUAACGGGGGCCGGGCUCGCGGAGGCCCGUCGGCGCGGCCCGCUCGCCGCGUUAUCAGGUGAUCUCCAGCCCAGGCGGCCACCACCCCCUGCACCCAGCGGAAAAUGCAAAAUGGCCCUCUGGGACUGUGAGGGGCCGCGGCUCCCAGCCCGGGCCCGCCGCACCCCCAGCCCGCAGCCUGCGGGCGGCAGCGCCGCGCCAGGUCCGGGUGCAGCCCCCUCCCGCCCCUCCGCCGGGGCCCCGGCCUGAGCCCCCCACCCCCAGCAACCCGGCGUCCACAUGGGUCUGUGCUACAGUCUACGACCGCUGCUCUUCGGGGAUCCGGAGGACGUCUCCCGCGCCGCCUCGGAAGCGCCUGCGGAAGACGUGCGGCCCGGCCCGGCCCCGGCCCCGGCCCCGACCCCCGCCCGGGCCCCGGCGGCGGUCGGGGGAGACGCGGUCCCGACCCCGCUCCCUCGGGGCGCGGGCGGGAGCCCGGCGUGUGCGCGGCCCAAAGCCGCCCCAAAGAAGGAGCGGCGGCGGCGUCCGGAGCAGCUGCGAGCCGAGGAGCGCGAGGCCGAGCGCGAGGCGAAGAAGGUCAGCAGGAGCAUCGACCGCAUGCUCCGCGAGCAGAAGCGCGACCUGCAGCAGACGCACCGGCUGCUGCUGCUGGGGGCUGGUGAGUCUGGGAAGAGCACUAUCGUCAAACAAAUGAGGAUCCUGCAUGUCAAUGGAUUUAAUCCUGAAGAGAAGAAACAGAAAAUUCUGGACAUCCGGAAAAAUGUUAAAGAUGCUAUUGUGACAAUUGUUUCAGCGAUGAGUACUAUCAUACCUCCCGUUCCGCUAGCCAACCCAGAAAACCAAUUCCGAUCAGACUAUAUCAAGAGUAUAGCUCCUAUCACCGACUUUGAAUAUUCCCAGGAAUUCUUUGAUCAUGUGAAGAAGCUCUGGGAUGAUGAAGGCGUGAAGGCGUGCUUUGAGAGGUCCAACGAGUAUCAGCUAAUCGACUGCGCGCAAUACUUCCUGGAGAGAAUCGACAGUGUCAGUUUGGUGGACUACACACCCACAGACCAGGACCUUCUCAGAUGCAGAGUCCUGACAUCAGGGAUUUUUGAGACCCGAUUCCAAGUGGACAAAGUAAACUUUCACAUGUUCGACGUGGGUGGCCAGAGGGACGAGAGAAGAAAAUGGAUCCAGUGCUUUAACGACGUCACGGCUAUCAUUUACGUGGCGGCCUGCAGCAGCUACAACAUGGUUAUUCGGGAAGAUAACAACACCAACAGGCUCCGAGAGUCCCUGGACCUCUUUGAAAGCAUCUGGAACAACAGGUGGUUACGGACCAUUUCUAUCAUCUUGUUCUUAAACAAACAGGAUAUGCUGGCAGAAAAAGUCUUGGCAGGGAAAUCAAAAAUUGAAGAUUAUUUCCCAGAGUAUGCAAAUUAUACUGUUCCUGAAGAUGCAACACCAGAUGCAGGAGAAGAUCCCAAGGUGACCCGGGCUAAGUUCUUUAUCCGAGACCUGUUUUUGAGGAUCAGCACAGCCACAGGGGAUGGUAAACAUUACUGCUACCCACACUUCACCUGCGCCGUGGACACUGAGAACAUUCGCAGGGUGUUCAACGACUGCCGUGACAUUAUCCAGAGAAUGCACCUCAAACAGUACGAACUCUUGUGAGGCAGCCCUGGCGGGGAGGAGGGAGGGGGCGCGCCUUCUCGCACCUUCUCUCUGCCCGCCUCGCCUCCCCUGGCCACCCUGCCAGGUGGAGCAUUUACUCCAGCACUGUCACCCCCAAGCCGUGGUCAAAAGUAGGCUGUUCCCAGUCUCAUCCAGCUGCCACCUGUCCUGUUCUGUGUUCGCUCCUGUGUGACCACCAAGCCUCUGGCUACCUCUGUUCCCCUCGGGUUUGGUUUGUAGCUUUCCUCUUCACUGAGCACAACCUUCCCCAGCGUCCCCACUUGUACCCAUCUGUGUCACUGCAGACACCGCUGUCACGCAGUGGGGUGCUGCAGUGAAGUCUAUCUGGGCGAGGGCCCCUCUUAUUCAUCCACUCAGUGCUUUAUUGAUUCAGCAGGAGCUUGAUAAAUGGGGGAGCAAUGGCCCUUUUUUCCAAAUGAUCAAGCACGAUUUGUAGAAGCAGGGGAACGAUGCGGUCAGGUGGAUAAGUGGCCUCCCUUUCGGAGCUGAGUCGGCCCAAGAGCGAGGCCAGACCUCAAGUCACAAAGUGGAGGGAAAUCCUCUUUUCAGUCCUCUUUGAGUCACUGCCGACCUCCGGCAUUACAUUGGACCUACUUGGAGCCUUUUACAUUUAGGCAGAAAACCUACCACAUGCACCGCUGUCCUGUCUCAAAAUGAUUCUCUAGACUUUGAUUAUGCUUGGACAAGAGUCUCCUUCCAUACCUUGUUGUUGUUGUUGUUGUUUUAUGGCUGGUUUAUUGUAACUGUACAGACCACCAAAUGUAAUAUUAUUUUAUAUAACUCCUUCAAAAGUCCUUGUAGGUCUUUGUGCCUUGAUUACGGCUCUAUCUGUAAAGAAACCGUGUUUUUAUCGUGAACAGCUAAAUGUCAACAUUACCUGCUGCUUGCUCUAAAAAAAAGAAUGGUAUCUGUAGGAUUUAGAAUAUUUUAUCAGGUUAGUACUUUUAAAAAUAUCCUUGAUUAAAUAUAUAUAUACACACACAUAUAUAAUUAUACACAUGAAUUAGUCACAUCUUACAAUUUUGUACCCACAUCACAAGCUUCUUACAGAAACCAAGGAUUUUCUUUUCCUCCAAACAAUACCUUUUGAAUUUUUGCAAUUUAAAGACUUUUACAACCCCUCUGAGUAGAAACAGGCCAAGCAUUCCCUUAGUCGAAGCUUUUGCACCACUCACUUGACCACAGUUUCUAUUGUAAGCAAACAGCUAGAAGGAAACAGAGGACGUCAGAGUCUGUGUCCAGUCUAAGAAUCAAAGGAUGGCAUCUCCAUUUGCCCCUUGAAGAAGAAAUAUUACGAAACCUUUAUUCGAAAUGUGAAAUGCAGAGCCAAAAACCUAUGGCUGUUUCUCACACAGGAAAGAUUUGCAAAUGCAGCCUUAUAAGUUAUAGUACGGUACAAGAUCUAGAAAGCAAGAAUUACUAUAGCAGUGAUGCUUUACAUGUUCUGUCCACAGCCAGGCUUGGAGGGCAGUUUUCUUGGGUCCAAGAUAACCUGCAGAGAUAUCCAAGGUUCUAUUUCAACAACACAAAUCCAAAAGUGACAGGCUCACUGACGUCACUUCAUUUCCUUUUAGUCUUUAAUAUCUUAAAGUUUACUCUGGAAGGCAGCAUUUUAUAAUCCUUUAUAAAUGCAUCCAGAUUUAAAUUCGACUUUUCCAGGAAAGAGAGGAUGACAACUUUCCAGAUGAUCGAUCAGGG